CGUCCAAUCACACGCAGCGACCGGCGCUACCCGGAAAUGGUCCAAUAUUACAUUUCAUUUACAGAAAACGUUGGAAAAGUGCUGAAAGGAUGUCCUGUAACACCAGUGUGACUCGUGUCCUUGUGUCAUCUGAGGGCCAAGCACAGCGGGUCCCAGUCCAGUUGAUGCCCUGUGAGAUUGAACACAGUGGACCGGCCUCGGUCUCACAGUACCUCACUGCUACCACGAAAGAUGGCAAACUAGAAAAGACAGUGUCAUUCAGAGGGCGUGGGUUGAAGGGACAGGAGCUCAGCUGUCCACAUGGCUACACUGGCUUGGUGCUAAAAGAGAUCAACAAGCCCGGCUCAGACCAAGAGGACAGGACAGUGAAGGUAACCUCUGUGUUUGACAAGCUGACCUACUGGAACCUGGAGACGCCUCCGAACUCAGACGAUACAGUUGUGAUGGCGAUGGAUUGGCCAGAGCUGGCUGAGGCGAUCCACGGGCCAGUGGAAGACUGAAGAGGUUUCCGGCCACACUCAGUGAAAGAAAGGCUUAUAACGAGUGUUAUUCAGUGUUACUAUAGCAGAGUAAUGAGCAACAGAUGUAAUGUUUAUAUUUUUGUAUAUGUUCUUUUGUAGUGAAACACAGAAAAUAAAAGAUACUGCUGACUGGA